CUUUCCUCUCUCUCUCUCUCUCUGUAUAUCUCUAUUUUUGUGAAUUGUUCAAAAUGCCGGUUAAAAAGAAGAGCGGUUUCCAGAUCACCAGCGUGACCACGGCUCAGGUAGCGGCCAGCAGCAUCACCGAGGACACCGAGAGCCUGGACGACCCGGACGAGUCCCGCACCGAGGACAUCUCCUCGGAGAUAUUCGAUGUGUCCUCCCGGGCCACCGACUACGAGCACGGCGCCGAGGUCUGCGACCGCAGCUCUUCGGACGAGACCCUCAACAACGUGGGCGAGGCCGACACCCCCGGCGCCACUUCGCCCAACAUCCCUCACGACCGGGACGUGGUGGCUCAGGCUUUCGGAGGGCGGCUGCCGGCGCCCGGGGGGACGGUGGCGAGCCCCGGGCAGCCUCCGGGAGCCACCCCUCCUCCUCCUCCUCCUCCGUCCAGCUCUGGCAGCGGCACGUCCGGCGGCGGCCCGCUCACCAUGCAGCCGGCGGUGGCUUGCACCUCCCGCUUCAGGGUCAUCAAACUGGACCACGGCUCGGGCGAGCCUUUCCGCAGAGGCCGCUGGACCUGCACCGAGUUUUACGACCGAGACUCGGACGGUACCAUGCUGGCCCGGUCCGCCGACACCAUCAGGCACAACAGCACCACUGCCUUGGAGCAGCAACAACAGCAACUGGCCGGAGACAGGGACAGCGGCCUUGGAGCCACCAACAGCUCCCUCAUCCUCCCCACCCUGCACACCGCCGAGUCCCUGCCAGACGCUUCCCUCAGCGCCACUGUCACACAGUUGGCCCAAGCCGAGCUGAUAGCCCAGCACCAAAGUUUCUCCAAAGGACUCCUGCCAGCAGGCGGCCUGCCAGCCUCGCAGGCUGCCUCCUCCACUCAAAUCUACAGCACCCCCGCUGUGGGUGCCCAGCUCCAUCAGUCACAGGUGAACCUGCACGCCGGUAUCAAUGGCAAGGCCCUGCAUGCGCCCGGCGGCUCGCUCCCCCAGCAGACUGCUCACAUCCCCGCUUCCCAGCCUCAGCAAUUUCAGUUUUCUCCGAGCCAGGGUCCACACUUACUGCCGUCUCAGCCCACCGUGGCGAACAGCCACGCCGAGUAUAUGCAGCAUCUGCCGGUCAUGCAGGGUCCAGGAGCUUCACCGGGGACGGUAGCUCAGAGCUCUGCAGCGACAAUCCUACCUGCCGGGCAAGCGACAAGUCAUGGUCCUUCGCCAGUGUUGCAGUCUUCUGUCGGUGGAGUCCAAGUGUCAGCUCAGAGCUGUGAUUUGGUCAGUCAAGGGAUACAGAAUAUCCAGCUGGGUUCUACGCAGGGGCUGAUGCUACAGCAGCAAGCCUUGGGGUCAUCAGGUGUUCAGCAACAACAUUUAACCCAACAUCAAGCUUCUGGUCUCCAGUCUGCGAUGGUCAGUCAGGUGUCUGGAUUGACCACUGGAUCUCUCAGUGCAGCAGCUGGCAUCCAAAAUGUGCCUAGUACUGGUGUUUCAAGCGUGUCUGCUGUGGUGCCCAGUGCAUCGGCUACUUCUGUUACUAUGCCAAGUGUUCCAGUGACCAUGGGUCAAUCACAGCUAAAUGCCCAGACUCCGAUAACUGGGAGUAGCGGCCUAAUGCAGGGUUCACUCAAUGUAUCCUCAAACAUGUCGCAGACCAACCUCUUCCAGCUACAGCAAGGUACGGUCCAGCUAGAGGAGAGGCGGAAUUCGGAGCAGCUUAUACCUCAGACAUCACAGUCCAGUGAAAGCAGACCCUCUAUGAAGCCUCUUAUUCCUGAAAUUCUUGGUAACCCUCUGCAUUUGCAAGUGUCUAGCCCAAUGAACAGCCUCUCAAAUUCUGUGUUCUCUAUACCUUUACAGAUCGAUGGAGAUGAAGACAGGAAUCCAUCUGCUGCUUUCUACCGAGCUUUCCCUGUAGACAAGUCUCGGGAUGCAAAGAACCUCUACGAUAGUGCUUCAGGAGCCAGUGUGGUAGCAAUCGACAACAAAAUAGAACAGGCGAUGGAUUUAGUGAAAAGUCAUCUGAUGUAUGCAGUAAGAGAAGAAGUGGAAGUCUUGAAGGAGCAGAUCAAAGAGCUGAUUGAAAAGAACUGUAUACUAGAACGAGAGAAUUCAUUAUUAAAAUCACUAGCGAACAAUGACCAGCUGUCUCAGCUUCAGACCCAGGUGACCAAUCCCAGUAGCACUUCGCAAACACAGCAGCUGGCAGCAGUAGCACAACCUCAACAGAGCGCACAACAGACACAGCCUCCACCACAGCCUAAUGUCCCUUCUGCAUGAAACUUGUUCGCCUGCAUAGGAAAAGAAAUCUUCAAAAAAAAAUACAAUGUGUGCCACUGGUGUUCUUACCACUCUACAUUGAACAGCAAAUAGCCAUGCUUAAAUGUGUUUUUUGCUCUUUGGCCUUCUCAGUAUUAGACAAUCACCCGCAAGAGCUUUCUACGUGCGAUGUUGCAGUUGGCAUCCGCAAGUGUAUGACAGCGCGAAGAGAAGUGGUUGAAGGAUUAAUGUCUUGUAGGAGGAAAGCUGAUUUUCAUCAGGUUUAUGGACAAGUGGGUACCUACAUCUUUCUGGCUUACCAAGGUUUUAUACAUAAUUAUAUAUGUAUAUAUACACAUACAUAUAUGAAAAAUAGGAAUCUCUGGGUCGUUGCACCUGUCUAACAUUAAGACCUGGUUAGCAGCUCUGUCUGAAAGGAGCCACCAUUCUAGUAACUUUUUUGCAGACAUGAAUUUUCAUUUACUGUUUGUUUUUAUUUAUUACGGGGCUGCUAUUUUCAUAUGUAAAUGAACAAUGUCAUAGAAAUCUUUUUUUUGUAAGUUUGAAAUUAAAGAUUAUAAGAUUACUGGUAAAAGCAAGUGAUGGUUGGGAUUGCGUAUAUUAGUUUGAAAAUAUAGGCAAUAAUAAAAUUGCAAAAAAAAAUCCUGGCUUAAAGAGUUCUAACACUAAUGGCAGUUUUACCAUGGGGAUUUUCUUCUGCGAUAGUCGAAUCCUGGUUUGAAUGUAAAUUUUGUAUAGAGUGUAAGUAUUAUAAGGAAGAACAUAGAAGACUUGUACAAGUAGGCAUCGGACAUUGUGACCUAACACCUUGAAAGGAUAUUUGGGCUUUUUUUUUUGAUGAAGAAAAAUAAACUGUGCUCAUUUCUGUUGCUGAUUUUUUGAUGUCUGGAAAAAAAAGAAUUGCCAUGAUUUUUCUGUUUUUUUUCUUUUUCCCUCAAGAGUUUUUUGGGGGAGGGGAGGAUAAUAAAAAGCUGUGAAAUUGUUCAACCUACUUUGUAACCAAAGAAGCUAAGCUAUGUAUCUGAAUUCAUUUAUUUUUUACAGCUGUUCUGUAUACAUUAUUUUAGAUUACUUUAUUCUUUUGAGCUUUAAUGAGCAUUUUUUCUUUACACUCUUCGCAUGUUCUGCAUGACCCCUUUAUCAAACCAGUUUCUUACCUCAUGUUUUUACUGAGCACUCUUACUGUAAAAGUUUAGUCUGUGAACAAUGUCCAAUUAAAACUAUAAAAACAGCUGUUGGAUUCAAGCUAGUGUUAAGUGCUAGUCAGAAAAAAAUGGAGUGAGCCAUCUUUUGUUCAUUUAAAUGGUGUUUUGAAUUUCAUAUGCAUAAAGUUUUGUUACAUUGCAGAUUUUAUUGUAUUUAAUAAAUGCACCGUGCCGAUUCA